AUGGCUAGAGUUUUGGCUCAGUCGCUUAGUGUUCCUGGCCUAGUGGCUGGGCACAAGCACAGUCAACAUAAGGGAUCGGGAAAAUCUAAGAGAUCGGUCAAGAUGACGUGUGCUUUGCGAACAAGCGGAGGUUUCUCAGGACUUCGUACUUUCAAUCAUUUGAAUACUAUGCUGAGACCUGGACUGGAUUUUCACUCAAAGGUAUCGAAGGCAGUUUCUUCACGGCAGGCAAGGGCAAAGAGAUUCAUACCUAAAGCCAUGUUUGAGCGUUUCACGGAGAAAGCAAUCAAAGUGAUAAUGUUAGCUCAGGAGGAAGCAAGACGUCUUGGUCACAAUUUUGUUGGAACUGAGCAGAUUCUUUUGGGUCUUAUUGGUGAAGGCACUGGUAUCGCCGCCAAGGUCUUAAAGUCUAUGGGAAUCAACCUGAAAGAUGCACGUGUUGAAGUGGAGAAGAUAAUUGGAAGGGGUAGUGGAUUUGUUGCUGUUGAGAUUCCAUUUACUCCCCGUGCAAAGCGUGUAUUGGAACUUUCACUGGAGGAAGCUCGUCAACUUGGUCACAAUUAUAUUGGAUCAGAGCACUUGCUUCUGGGUCUUCUUCGAGAGGGUGAGGGUGUAGCAGCACGUGUUCUUGAAAACUUGGGGGCUGAUCCUACUAAUAUUCGCACACAGGUUAUUCGCAUGGUGGGUGAGAGUGCUGACAGUGUUACUGCUACUGUUGGCUCAGGAAGUAGUAACAAUAAAACGCCAACUUUGGAGGAGUAUGGAACUAAUUUGACCAAGCUAGCAGAAGAGGGAAAGUUGGAUCCUGUUGUGGGAAGGCAGCCACAGAUUGAGCGUGUCACCCAAAUUUUAGGCCGCCGCACCAAAAAUAAUCCUUGUCUUAUUGGAGAGCCUGGUGUUGGGAAGACAGCCAUUGCUGAAGGUCUUGCUCAGCGGAUUGCUACUGGCGAUGUACCUGAAACAAUCGAAGGAAAAAAGGUUAUAACCCUUGAUAUGGGUCUGCUUGUAGCUGGAACCAAAUACCGUGGUGAGUUUGAGGAGAGGUUGAAGAAACUGAUGGAAGAAAUCAAACAAAGUGAUGAUAUUAUACUUUUUAUCGAUGAAGUGCACACUCUAAUUGGAGCAGGAGCAGCUGAAGGUGCUAUUGAUGCUGCUAACAUACUAAAACCAGCUCUUGCGAGAGGUGAACUACAGUGUAUUGGAGCCACAACAUUGGACGAAUACAGGAAGCAUAUUGAAAAAGACCCAGCUUUGGAGAGACGAUUCCAGCCAGUUAAAGUACCAGAGCCAAGUGUAGAUGAAACCAUACAAAUACUGAAAGGACUUAGAGAACGUUAUGAGAUUCACCACAAGCUCCGCUAUACUGAUGAGGCUCUUAUAGCUGCUGCGCAACUUUCAUACCAGUAUAUCAGUGAUCGAUUUUUGCCUGACAAAGCUAUAGAUUUGAUUGAUGAAGCUGGUUCACGAGUCCGUCUUCAACAUGCACAGUUGCCAGAAGAGGCAAAAGAACUUGACAAGGAGGUCAGGAAGAUUGUUAAGGAGAAAGAGGAAUAUGUUCGCAACCAAGACUUUGAAAAGGCUGGAGAACUGCGUGAUAAAGAAAUGGAUCUCAAGGCGCAAAUCUCAGCACUUAUAGAGAAAGGCAAGGAGAUGAGCAAAGCAGAGACUGAGACAGCAGAUGAAGGUCCUAUUGUGACUGAAGUUGACAUUCAACAUAUUGUGUCCUCCUGGACAGGCAUUCCUGUUGAUAAAGUCUCAGCAGAUGAAUCUGAUCGUCUCCUCAAGAUGGAAGAUACUUUACACCAGCGAAUCAUUGGUCAGGAUGAAGCAGUGGAAGCCAUUAGUCGUGCUAUCCGUCGAGCCCGAGUUGGAUUGAAGAACCCUAAUCGUCCAAUUGCCAGCUUCAUCUUUUCUGGUCCAACUGGUGUGGGAAAGUCUGAAUUGGCCAAAGCAUUGGCUGCAUACUACUUUGGCUCUGGAGACGCCAUGAUUCGUCUUGACAUGAGUGAAUUUAUGGAAAGGCACACAGUCUCCAAACUUAUUGGUUCACCUCCAGGAUAUGUUGGUUACACCGAAGGCGGUCAAUUGACUGAAGCAGUUCGGCGUCGUCCUUACACUGUUGUACUCUUUGAUGAGAUUGAGAAAGCCCAUCCUGAUGUAUUCAACAUGAUGCUUCAAAUCCUUGAAGAUGGAAGACUAACAGACAGCAAGGGUAGAACUGUGGAUUUCAAGAACACGCUUCUUAUAAUGACAUCAAAUGUUGGAAGCAGUGUGAUUGAGAAAGGAGGCCGCCGAAUUGGAUUUGAUUUGGAUUUCGAUGAGAAAGAUAGCAGUUAUAAUAGAAUCAAGAGCUUGGUGACUGAGGAGCUAAAACAAUACUUCAGGCCAGAGUUUUUGAAUAGGUUGGAUGAAAUGAUUGUUUUCAGACAACUCACAAAAUUGGAAGUGAAGGAGAUAGCAGACAUAAUGCUCAAGGAGGUGUUUCAAAGACUUAAGAUCAAAGAAAUUGAACUUCAAGUCACAGAAAGAUUUAGGGACAGGGUGGUUGAUGAAGGUUAUAAUCCUAGUUACGGAGCUAGGCCUCUAAGAAGAGCCAUAAUGCGACUUUUGGAGGAUAGCAUGGCUGAGAAGAUGCUCUCUAGAGAGAUCAAAGAGGGUGAUUCUGUCAUAGUGGAUGUUGAUUCUGAUGGUAAUGUGAUUGUUCUCAACGGUAGCAGCGGUACUCCAGAGUCGUUACCAGAGGCUCUUUCUAUAUAA